AUGUCCAACUCCACCACCCCAGGCGAAGUCGACCACAAUCUUUACGGUUAUGAUCCCUCAAAGACUGCGGCCUAUGCCUUCGUUGCUCUUUUCGUUGUAUCUGGUUUCUUGCACCUUAUAUUCAUAUUCACACUCCGCGCCGCCUUUUUCAUCCCUCUAAUUCUUGGGAGCGCCAUGGAAGCCGGUGGCUACUACUGCCGUGCAUGGUCUACGGCAAAUACGCACAAUAUUCUGCCUUUCGUCAUCCAAGGACUUCUCAUCCUCGCAGCUCCGCCGUUGUUAGCCGCGACCAUCUACAUGACCUUCGGCCGCAUUGUUCGGAAUCUCAAAGGCGAAGUGUAUUCCCUCAUCUCGCCGAAGUGGCUGACGGCAAUUUUUGUCCUGGCCGAUGUGAUAUGUCUUGCUACCCAACUGGCGGGCUCAGUCUUGAGAGCUAGUGACGAUGCCGCGACAAACAAGAGGGGCUCUGGCAUCGUGCUUGGGGGGCUGAUUCUCCAAGUUGUCAUAUUUUGCUUAUUCGCCAUCCUGGCGUCGAAUUUUCACAUACGAUUCGGCAGGAUAGAGAAUGGGCAUAUAGCACUUCCUUGGGUGAAGCAUAUGGUGGUUCUUUACACCAUGAGCCUGGUGUUCAUUAUCCGGAACCUUGUUCGGAUUCUAGAAUUUACUCAGGGUGAUGAUGGGUACCUUGUCACGCAUGAAUCUAUGUUGUAUGUUUUCGAUGGGGCAUUUAUGUUAUUUGUUGUGGUACUGCUGCUCUUUGUUCACCCUGGUGGGUUGUUCAAAGCAGCACGCCAUGCCAUGUUGAUGACAGUAUUGGGGCUUUCUAAUGAAAUGGCUCCAAUUUCUGCAAGUAAACGAUGA